AUGAUCAAUCAACGAGAACCAGUUCUAGUCGAGGAACUCCUCCACGAAGUAGAAGACGAACUUUGUGACGAUGACGAAGCAGAACAGUCAAGGGGGUCAAAAGUCGCAGCAUUCUUUCAAAAACCAUUUGACUUUAUCCAAAUGAUGGUUCAAUUUGUGAUUUAUUUUAUGGUUCGUAUGGCUACCGAGGGAUGUAUGUUGCCUAUGCCAGAGCUUGAUGAUGAUGAGAAUGAGGAGGAAGCAGAUGAAGAUGAAGAUGAUGUUGGUGAUUUAGGAUUUAAUGAUGAAAAAAAAGAGAAAUGA